GCAACUGUCUCCUGCGUAGAGGUCAUACUGGAAUCAAGAGUCUCCUGGGUGUCUUAGGGAAAUCAUGUAGGAGUCAGAUGAUUCCUGGGGCAAGGGUGCUUCAAUGGGGGCACUGGUUUCAGGGAAUAGAUGUGGCUCUACUCAAAACCAGUUUGUCACAUUUUCUUCAAACUUUGUAAGUAUGUUCUCCUUGGCCUUCAGAGUAUUUCUACCAGUUUUUAGACCAGACCAAUUUUCUAAACCUAAAUUAUAGGAUAGUUAAAAUCUGACAUUGUAACAGCCUCUUUGUAAGAUAUUUGUUCAUACAUUCUCAGAUUUAGUAUCUUUUAAGCCAUAAAUAAUUUCCAGUGCAUACUUUAUGAGCUAUUAUUUAAUGCUGCAUAUGCUGGGAAUGUGUAGAAUAUGUGAGUUCUGAUAUACUGCCUGUCAGAAUAACUGGAAAAGCUUAAUUUUAAAACUUCUUUAAAUAAAUGAAUUUCUCUUGACAAUUUUAGCACAUGCAUUGCACAUACUGUACCAUUUGGCUGUACUGUAAAAUGUGUAAGCUUUCUCGUUACACUAAAACUGCUUUACCUAGGGGGUUACAUUACCAGUUCGGCUUAUUACUGUCCCUGUUUGAGUUGUCAGACUAGUGGGUUGUCACAGGACACUUUGCUUCCUGCCUGAGAGAGAAUGACUUCCUCCAGUGUCCAUAGCAACAUCAUGUUUCUCAGCAACCGGGAGAUGCUUGUUUGUGUUUCCCCAUUCUAGACCUGUUACCUCGCAGUAGAAGAAAAAUGGCCCUUUGAAACAACGAUCAAGGAAGUUCUGUAUUUAAUUAUUCAGAAUAUUUAUUACUCUUCUGUGUUUUGACUGCUGAGACAAUGUACAGUGUCUUGAGCCGAGCCUUUCCUGUGUAUUACUGUGAACAGCAUUCAUUUUAAAGCAAAAUCUUUUAGAGUUGUGUCUUGAAAUCAGCUUUUAACUACUGAACAGCUUCCACAAUACCUUGUGACUUCCAGGCCUUUGAAGGUAAUCGAGAAAGGAAGUCCAGUGGCAUCCGCCAAUUCUAAGCCUUUCUGUUAUGGAUCCAGACCAGCAAGAAGCUCUAAAUGCCAUUCAGAAUUCUGUCUAUAGAACAGCCCUGAAACUACGCUCAGUGCAAACCCUGUGCCAGUUGAGUUUGACUGAUGUCUCCCUGAUUCAGCACCUCCUGCCGAGCCACCAGUGUCAGAAGGAGAAGCAGAGCUCCCUGACAACACAGCAGCUAUUGCAGUUGCUGAAGGAGCUAUUCCAGAAAGCCAGAUUAGAUAAGCCAGGCCAGGUAGAGCCACAAGCCCCUGAGCUCACCCGGAGCCUGCUAACUGCCAUGUAUGACAGGACUGGAACAGGUUUUAUCAAAGCCAGAUCGGCUGCAGCUGCCCUAAUUGCUCUCUCAGGAGACAGUCUGCUUACUAAAUACAAAGCUUUGUUUCAACUCUAUGCUGACCCCAAUGGGAAGGGGACCCUGAUCACUCGGAGUGCCAUGAGGAGCCUGUUGACAGACUUACAUCAGAUCCCAGCCAUUGUGGGAGAAAGCUGUGCUCAAUCUUGUGUGGAAAUUGCUAUUCGAAGCUGCUUCCAUGGGGUUCUGAACUCAGCAAUCGGUGAAGAGAAAUUCCUAUCUUGGCUACAGUCUGAACCUGGCCUUCUUCUGUGGCUUCCUACCUGUUAUAGAUUAUCAGCCACUGAAAUGGUUAUGCAUCACGUUAGAUGUAGCAUCUGUAAGAAUUUCCCCAUCACUGGACUAAGGUAUCGCUGUCUGAAGUGCCUGAAUUUUGAUCUUUGCCAAGUCUGCUUCUUCACUGAGCGUCAGAGCAAACCACACAAGAGGUCACACCCUGUGAUGGAGUACUGUGUGAAGAUGUCAGCAAAGGAGAAUGCAAAGAUCUUUUUUCGCACUGUCAGAAAUAACCUGCUUCAAGAGCGCUGCAGAAGGAAGGAGGCUCAGAGAAGGCAGACACUGGAAACGAUGGAGGGAGGGGACUUCCCAGAACAUGAGCAAGCACUGCCCUCUACAGAGCUCAGCAUCUCCCCACAGCCUGCCCAUCAUUACCUAUCCUCCCCAGAAAACAGACUGGCACCAGAGUCAUCCAAGCACUUAGCUGAAAAGGGGUCUGCAGUGCAGCAGAUUGAGAAUGACAACAGGGCACCAGCACAAGACAAGACAUCAGCUCAGGCAAUAGCCUCUAUUAAGGCAGAAUUGUUAAAAGCUCAUGAAUCCAUCAAAGCCCUUCACAGUGAGAAGAGGUACCUGAGAAAGCAGUUAAACAAAUGGAAAGACAAGGUGCUGCUCCUCCACAACUCCCAGGAAGACAAAAGCUGCAGACUAGAAGCAAAGCUCCAAGUCCUGAUAGCAAACCAUGAGAGUGUGCAGAUGGAGCUGCAGCAAAUGAGGCAGGAAAUAAAGGCAAUGUUACAACCACCAAACCAUCCUUCAUUUGUACUGUGUCAAAAUAUGAUGCCAAAAAGUGAGGACCCCUGGAAGGAAAGAAAGCUUCACAAUGGAUCAGAUUCAGCUCUGGCAAAACCCAUCCCCACUAGCUUCACUGAGUUGAAAUCCCUGGAUCCCUCCUCCUCUGCAGAAAAAAGGCAGCUACUACAGACUCAGACUGAUCCAGCUGCAAUGAACCUGAGAUCAUCAGGUACCACUUUGGGGUCGAUAUUCCUGCAGAAUGGCAAUCCCCUAAUGAGACAGCAUGAAAAAUCAAAAGAGAAGGGAAUUCCUCAGACAGAUCAGGAGGGGAUAUCACAACCUGAAAGGACCAGGAACCUUCCCCAGGAAAUUAUGACCACAGCUUCUAGUCCCACUGCAGCAGAAUUGCCAUUUAAUGAGAAGGAGGUGAAUGAAGAGAAGGAACUGCAGCAGCUAGUGCUGAAGCUGAAGGAUGCUUUAUCUCUCCAACUGCAACCAGCUCAGCAGUCUGCUAUAAAGCAGGAGUUGGUCUCCACAGCUGAGCAUGUUUGCAGGUCCUUCUCUGACCUCAUCAGCCAGGUGACUUUGCCAGCUUGGAAGUAAUGGAACGCCGGUAUUAGCCUUACUACUUCAUUGCACUAUUGCCCAGGGCCCAUCCUGCUCCCAGUGAAAUCAAUGGCAAAACACCUAUUGACUGCAGUGGAGCAGGAUCAGGUGCUACCUGAGGGAAACAGCUGCCCUUGUACAUCAUCAAAAUGAAUAUGCACGUGCGUGUUGUUUAUGGACACUCUUCCUGGAAAAUUAACUUUGAGAACUUAAGGUGUGGAGAAUGUUUGGGUUUUAUUAACCUAUGAGAAAAAACUGGAAGCUUGAAGUUUGGAGGUCCUGGAUUUUUUAACUCUUUACAUUUUCUUUUUAAAUAGAAUGAUGUUUUGGCUGCUGUUUGUGCUGUGUUAUAUGCAUAAAAAUAUAGUUAAAACAGAGCAAGUACAGCUACUUGACUCCAAUCCUGCAAUUGAAUCCAUACAGGCAAAACUGUUGACUUCAGUGGAGCUCCGUGUUGGUUCCCUGCUCUGCCUGUAUAAGUCCAGUUGCAUGACUGGGCCUUAUU